UUUUGUGAAAUAAUCCAGCUAUAACAUAAUUCUCGAGAGAGAAUAAUCAGUCUCGUUCCCUGGCGGACGAGGAUCCCGUAGUGUUAAAUGGACCACGAUCUGGCAUAGAUCGCGAGCCGAACGAGAACUGUGACAACGCGAAUAUUAAAAAUCGAGGAACAGUGAAAAAAUAUAUUAAAUUUAAAAAGCUCGUUCGGGACUCGGCUUCGAUUCAACUCUCGAAAUAAUGCUCACUCGAAAGCUACUGCAGUUGAGCAGGACUCAAAGAUUUUUGCGCUUCAGAGGACGAGAACUCGGCACCGAUUCAGUCUCGACUCACGAGACGAAAACGCAGCAGGGAAGCAGGCCACCGAGAAUUCUCAUCACUGGUGGCCUGGGCCAGCUUGGGACGGAAUGUGCGAAGCUUCUGCGCAAGAACUACGGCAAGGAUAACGUUAUUCUAUCGGACAUAAUAAAGCCCAGCGAGGAGGGAUUGGCCAACGGUCCAUUCAUAUUCGCGGAUAUUCUCGACUUUAAGGGACUGCAGAAAAUUGUGGUGAAUUACCAAAUCGAUUGGCUCAUCCAUUUCAGUGCACUUUUGAGCGCGGUCGGGGAACAGAAUGUCCCGCUCGCUGUGCGCGUCAACAUCGAAGGCAUGCACAACGUCAUGGAGCUCGCAAAACAAUACAAUCUUCGGAUUUUCGUGCCAUCGACGAUCGGAGCUUUCGGGCCUGACUCGCCGAGGAAUCCGACCCCGAACGUCACCAUUCAACGUCCUCGUACGAUCUACGGCGUGAGCAAAGUCCACGCCGAGCUCAUGGGCGAAUACUAUCAUCAUCGGUUCGGCCUGGACUUUCGGUGCUUGCGGUUCCCCGGCGUCAUCAGCAGCGACCCUCCCGGCGGCGGGACCACAGAUUACGCGGUCGCGAUAUUCCACGAAGGUCUUGUGAACAAAAGAUACGAGUGUUACCUGGAGCCCCAGACGAGGCUGCCGAUGAUGUACAUCGAGGAUUGCCUCAACGCGCUCUUCCAGUUUUUAAACACACCGAGCGAGAGACUCAAACGCAGAGUUUACAACGUCACAGCCAUGAGCUUCACCCCCGAAGAAUUAUUCUCGGAAAUUCAUAAGCAUUGUCCGGACAUUAAGAUCUCAUACAAUCCUGACGCUCGUCAAUUGAUCGCCGAAUCCUGGCCACAAGUUUUCGACGACGAAGAGGCCCGGCGCGAUUGGGGCUGGCAACACAAGUACGAUCUCGAGAAACUGGUCAAGAAAAUGUUGAGGGACGUGACCGAGAGCUACGUUCCCAAAAUCCAACGACUCGACGAAGUCAGCAGUUACGUUUAGAACAUUUUUUAGUUUUUAUGCCACCAAAUAAGACAUUUUUUUCAAUAGAACGCUCCGUUUUACUCGAAUCCAUCGAAUCGUCAUUCCGGCACAAAAGUGACGGAAGGAUUUGAAUUUCGAAUGAGUUUUUUGCUCCAAGUGGCGUCAUUUUCACAUUUUUUACACAAAUUUUUUGCAUCCUCGAGUCACGAACCGCUCUCUGAUAGAUGGCGACACCAAAUCGCCACUGAAUUCAAGAUUUUAAAUGUACAAACGGAAACCAGGUGGAAAAAGCCUGCGCCGGAUAUAAACCAGUAAAAAAUGAGUCUCAAGUAAAUUUCGCCGACGAUAUUUAUUCGUUCGUAGGUAUUUACAUCGCGUUUUUUUUAUCUUAUUAUCGACACUUGCAAUAAGAACAAAUAUUUUGAUAUAGGAAUUGGUGAAUCGAACACUUCUAUGUACAUCUUACAGUCUUCUUAUAAGCAAAGAAGAAACACGAGCGUGUUUCCUCCGUUUGUUAUAAAGGAAGCUGUCAUUUUCGAGAGCUCUACGGUCCGCUCGUUCGUCACGAGGCAAAAAGACUUCGAAAUUCGCAAUUAUGCAGUUUCACAUUGUUUCUCUAGAGUCUACAACGUUCAUGGAUUCUUUCCGCCUUCCAUUUUCCUCGAAAAUUAUACCUUAACGCUGUCCGCUGAGAACGGUACGAAAUGGAACAGGAAAACCGGCGAAUAUUGCGUUUUCAGAUCGAAACUUGAACGAUUAUUGUGUUUCUAUUCUAGAUUUAUAUUCAUAUGUACAACUAGACAUCGAUAUUCGCGUAACCGACCGAACCCGAUGUGGAAACUGUGUUUGUCAUAAUAUUUAGACAAAUCGAGUUUUUGGUGUUUGAAAACAGCUUUGCGGUGGAAACUGGUCGAUGAGAUUAGGUUCGGUCGGUAGCGGCACGAGUUUCGCUCGCUCUUACACAGGAAGGAUGCGCGUCAAUGCUGGAGAAAUUGAAAAACAGUGACGAAAGUCACAAACUUCCGGUGCGCUCAAUUGUGUGGUUUUCGAGACGAGUUCGUACCGUAAUUUUCAAUUUUUCCAACAAAUAACAAAGUACUUAUCGAGAUAUAUACACACGCACAAAAUACAAGGCAGCAGGAACAGCGUUCCCUCCAUAAAUCGCUCGGAGCCGAGUUCGAAGAAUCUCAAUGAACGCAAUGUUCGCCAGAAGAUUAAUGGAUAGUUGCAAAAAGCGACGCGAAACUGAGGAGUUGUAUCGUAGCGUAGGAACAUCAAACAAGAAGUGUAUUCCGAAAAAAAAAUAAUAAUUUUAGCUCCCCGAAAUCGGAGUCCGAAAGCGAAGUAAAUUCGAAUAGUUGAGGAAACUAAAGUUUGCAAGCGACGUUUAAACGAAAUUUCAGAAUAAGUUUACAAAAUUCAUUUCAAUAAUUUUUCACACAAGAUUGCUUCGUGAAAGCGACAAUUUUGAAUUCUAUGAUUCAAUCGAAACGGCAGCGUCGGGCGAGACGCGGAACUGUUUUUUCUCCAUUUCUUUACAAUGCAGCUUUGGAAUUCCCAAUCGAAUUGGAAUUUGUCUCGUUUUUUUCGCAACAAAAUAAUAAUAACAAUAAUAAUAAUAAUAACGGUACGACCGACAACGAAGUCUUCGUCGCGGUACGGGGCUCGAAAUACCCCAACAAUUUCAAAGUCUUUCGUAAUAAUGCCAUGACUCCGGAAAUAUGCGUACGAACAAGAUCAAAGUACACGAUUCGUAAUAUUUAUUUGAGAAAAUCUACUGUUAAGCUUGAUAAACCGUUGAUAAUUGAGAAGAAUUUGAAAAAAGUCAAUUCCGGGACAAAACUUGUCCAAUCGAACGAUUCUCCCCCGCAGUGACUAAUAAAAGCUCAAAAAAUGUAAAUGGAAACGAAUUUAAUGACAAUUACUAUCGAAGACGACAUUGACCGUUAUCAUUAUUAUUAUCACUGUCAUAAUCAGACGUAAAAAUGAGGCGUUCGAUGACAUAGCAACGACGAUGAUUUUUUUUUGAAUUAUUUCAUAAUAAAUCGUUUGUCUGGGUCCUA